GACUUGGUGUACUUUGACUUUAGGAUAUUGAAGAUGCAGAUGAAACAAGUUACGCAACUUCAAUGUUAAUUGGAUGUGAUGAGAUGGGUGAAAACUUAUUAAGUGUUCCCGAACCCGAUUAUGCUGAAAAUGUGGAACUUUCUCAAGAUUCGCAAUUAUCGGCACCAGACUUAUCGCAAGGCUCUGUAGACUCAGUGCCGCUUUCAGAUGGAAUAAAAACAAAAAAGAGACAAGGUAGUAAAAAAGUGAAAAAGAAGAAAUCAAAAUCUAAAAGUAAAGAUGGUGAAAAAAGUGACAAAAGUGAAUCAAAAAAAUCUAGAACUAGCAGACGACCCGAGCCCGAAGGAGCGCCCCCUUCUGUGGCUAACAUGGACGAGUACGAUAGAAUUAUUUAUAGUGACGAACCAAUAUUUUCGGAUGUGGACAUAUCUGCAGACGAGGGAAUCUCUGUUCAAAAAGAGAGACCAGAACGACCUCGGUCUUCUCGACCUCAAAGACAAAGUAAAAAUGGUGGUAUAUUUAUACCCGUGUGUUCACAGCUAGGACUAAACUCAAAUACUAUGAUUAAAUUUGCAAUAAUUGGAACCGAACUCCAGAAUGUGGUUCGAAUUUCUUUAAAACGGUUGGAAGCUGAAGCAGCUGGUUUUUCACGUCGUAUUACCCUCCUAGAAGAAGAUUUGGAGAGGUCGGAAGAACGUUUGACAUCCGCCCAGUCCAAACUCGAAGAAGCUUCUAAGGCUGCAGAUGAGAGUGAGAGAGGGCGCAAAGUGCUGGAAAGUAGGAGUUUAUCAGAUGACGAAAGAAUAGAUCAACUUGAGGCCCAACUCAAGGAGGCUAAAUACAUCGCUGAGGAUGCUGAACGCAAAUACGAUGAGGCUGCUCGUAAACUGGCCAUCACUGAAGUAGAUUUGGAACGUGCUGAAACUCGACUUGAAGCUGCUGAAGCUAGAGCCAAAGCCCUUGAAGAUGAAGUAACUACCCUUACUAAUAGUCUUAGAUCUUUAGAAGUUUAUGAAGAGAAGGCUUCUCAGAGAGAAGACAGCUACGAAGAGACAAUCCGUGAUCUUACAAACAGACUAAAGGAUGCUGAAUUACGAAAUGAAACUGCCGAGCGAGAACUCGUGAGACUACAGGCUAGUUUCGAUCACCUUGAAGACCAAUUGGACUGUGAAAAAAGACACAGUGAGCAACUUGCAAGAGAAUUGGAAAAGACCAUGCAGGAUCUGCAGGAUAUGUAGAUAAAUCAACCAUUUUACACAGAUGAACUACUCGCAGAGAAAGAGAAAUACAAGGCUAUUAGUGAUGAACUUGAUCAAACAUUUGCAGAAUUGGCUGGCUAUUAAGAUUACCGUUCUUUCGUCACUGCACAAUAAGCCAAUCAACUUAGGCUGUUCAAAAUUCGUUACAGAGAUCAUUUGUUGUAUACUUAUCUCAAAAAGCCUCUUUUUACUCUGCCUGUUUAUUUUUGGAGUGCGUGUAAGAUGAGAAUCAUGACCAAAUCGUCUUAAAAAGUGUAAAAUUAUUCUAAUAAUGAUAUGAAAAUCGCUUGCUCCUAAUUUUCAAUGUACAAAGACAAUUUAAAAAGACAUUUUAGAGUUUUCGCUGAAAGCUCCAAAAAUUGUAAGACUUACUUGAAGACCUUCAAUGCAGAUAUUUUUAUUAUAAUAUGAUUCCUUCUUUGAAUCAAAACAUUCUUAAGACCCUCUUUUAAAUUACGGUGUAGUCGACAAGGGGGCAUAAACGUUUAAUACGUUAAGUGCGAUUUUGUAUAUAUAUCUGCUGAAGUUGAGUGAUUCUUGAUAAUUUUUGGUGUUUUUUUGUAAAUUUAGUAAAUAAAUAGUUGAAGCUGCUGGAUGGUGAAUCGGUUUGAGAAUAAUAUCUUAUAUUGUAAAGGACAGCCUGACUUGACCAAAAGCCCAUCUCAAAAGUCACCGUACAUGGCAAUAUCCGGAUCAGCCUUUUUCUAUUGUACAUUUUUUAAUCUGCUUAUUGGUAGUCUGAUGAAAUUCAAACCAAUCUAUUUAAAUUCUUGCAUGCGAUCAAAGAUCAUGGAAAAUUUAUUUGUAAAUGUAUUUAUAUUUUUUCGUUAAUAAUAUUUGGAUAAUUUUUUUUUUUAAAUGUCCCAGAUUGAAACUAAAUAGCCUCAUAUCCCAGUGAAACUCUUCCACUCUGAUAACAAAAAAAAAAAACCUUGAAGAAUUCUUUUGAUGGAAAAAAUGUCAAUUUGCUGUUUAUGAAUCUGAACCCUCUUUCAUGUUUGAAAGGGGGCAAAGAAUUUGUGUACUUAUUAAAGUCAUAAUUGCUAUGAAUGAUACAUCUGUAUGUGCUUUAUAUUAUUAACUUUAUAGCAGUAUAAUGUUGAAUGUAAACUAUAGAUAUAAAACAAUAAGCCUUGUAUCAGCUAACAUAUUCUGGGUAUUGCCAUUUGUUUUUUUAAGACAAUAAAAAAAAGUCAUCUAUUCCCCUGAA